AUGGGGUGUGGUUCUCCCAACUUCAUUUGGGACCUGCAACAACAACUGGAAUCUGGAACAACAAGUUGGGAGAACAUCGGAAGCCAAUUGGGAAACAAUCCUGAGGUUUCGUAUUUGCAAGAAAAGCUGCUCCCGAAAGGAGUUCCUGGUUUCAUGCACCUCGCGAAUUCCUUACAAGAAAAAGGGCAGGAAAGUCUUGCUGGAAGAGUGCGCCUUGGGAUGGCCAUGGAAGAAUGGAAGGGUAAAGCCUUCAAACACGAGGCUUCCAAUGGGACUAGCGGAAAUCAAGCGCACCAGAAAACAAUGGAGCAAGAAUCACCGGCUAUGGCUGUUGGAAAUGGGAAGAUACAAUCCAAGCUCGUCGCCGUUGGCAAACACGAUCUUGGUGAACUUGGUGCUCGGUACUACUUUCGUGAGAGGAGAGAAAAAAGGUCCAAGGAAAGAGGGGACUCAGGAACAGGAUUAGAUGAACGUGGAAAGAAAAGGAAACAAAAAAACAGCAGAAUGGGACGACGUCGGACCCUCAUCAAUUUUGGAGAAAGAGACCAGACUAAGAUGCAUAUUGCAGUGCCAUGAACCGGAGAUGCUGGAGAUACGUCAAGCAAAGGAC